AUAUCAAAUAGUCCCCAAGUUAGAAACGCCUCCACACUACACAACACUGUCAACGCCUGGAAGUAAAAGCAAGUAACCAGACAGCUACAGAUACAGAUCGAGAGAAAAUGCAGCCGUCACUCUCAUAUCACCAUGGAAUUACAGGCUUCAGAUUCCAACCAAACCCCAUUUCACUUCUAUUCUCUCACCACACCAGCACAUCUCCUUCCUCCUCUCCUUCUAGUCAACGCGCUCUAAGAUCCCAUUGCAACUCGCUACCGCAAUUUCCCAGCAAACCCACAUGGCAUCUACCCUCGAAUCCCUUUCCACCCAUACCAACUGCCAAGAACGAACGUUUAUCACUAGCUCCGCUCCACUGUGGCAUUUCGUCGAACAGCUCCAAUGCAAAUGCUACCAGGAGUUUCAGGGAUUGGGUUGAACUGGUUGGCGAGUAUGUGUCGACUGCAUUUCCGAUAUGGGUUGCUUUGGGGUGCCUGCUGGGGCUCGUCAAACCGAGUUCCUUCAAUUGGGUCACACCCAACUGUACCAUCUUAGGUAUAACGCUGACCAUGCUCGGCAUGGGCAUGACCCUCACUUUCGACGACCUUCGUGGCGCGUUGUCUAUGCCCAAGGAGUUGCUUGCUGGCUUCCUUCUUCAGUACUCGGUGAUGCCGUUAUCAGGAUAUUUUGUGAGCAAGCUUUUGAAUUUGCCAUCGUAUUAUGCAGCUGGUUUAAUAUUGGUUGGUUGCUGCCCUGGUGGAACAGCGAGUAACAUUGUAACUUAUAUUGCACGUGGAAACGUGGCACUUUCAGUUUUAAUGACAGCAGCAAGCACUUUAUCAGCUGUGAUCAUGACCCCCUUUCUCACAGCUAAACUUGCCGGUCAAUAUGUUGCAGUGGAUGCUGCUGGGCUUCUAUUCUCAACACUGCAGGUUGUGCUUCUCCCUGUUUUGGCCGGUGCAUUUCUGAAUCAGUAUUUCCAAGGCCUGGUUAAAUUUGUAUCCCCUUUGAUGCCACCCAUUGCUGUGGCAACUGUAGCUGUUCUUUGUGGGAAUGCAAUUGCCCAGAGUUCUUCUGCAAUCCUUACGUCUGGUAAACAAGUGGUGCUAGCUGCCGCUCUUCUUCAUGCAAGUGGAUUUUUCUUCGGUUACAUCCUUUCAAGGAUGCUUGGGAUUGAUGUCGCAUCAUCAAGGACUAUCUCCAUCGAGGUUGGCAUGCAGAAUUCGGUGCUUGGAGUUGUUCUAGCCAGUCAGCACUUCGGAAACCCUCUAACUGCGGUACCAUGUGCUGUUUCCAGCGUUUGUCAUUCAAUCUUGGGUAGUGUCUUGGCAGGAUUCUGGAGACAGACUGUGCCAACCCAAAAACAAGAUUGAAAUGUCAUGUAGAAGGUUUAGACAAGCAGCACAAACAUAAAUCCUUCUGUUAUCAUAUCAGCUGCUAGUUGUCGGAAUUUCUUUGCGUAUUAGCUAAUGGAACGGUUGGAUUUGCAAUUUCUGCUAUGUUGUAUUUACUUUGCCUUUCAAUGUGAAUCCUUUUGAUUUUCUACUUGUGGAUUUUAACUUCA